AAAGAACAAUGCACCUUUCAUGAUUAAGGUGCAGUUAGGAAAUAAAAAGUCAGGAGUGGUUGUGGAUCCUAGUCAUGAAUUUUCUAGUUUUGCUCUUCAUCAGGUUUUACAUUUUACUUCAGAGCAACGUUUGUUUGUCAAGGUUUUGGCUCUUGAGGAUGAGGAAAAUAAAUUGAGGAUUUGUUUUCAUCAUGAUCCGAACAUUAGAAUGGGAACUUACUUGAUGAAGGAACAAUUGAUUAAUGAUUUAAAGCCGAACAAGGUUUAUACACUGAUUAUUCAGGAUACUAGAGAUGUAAAAGUGGAAGAUCUAACAACAGAGGAAUUGGAUGAAAUCAAACGACUGUUCGAUGAAAUGGAUAAAGGUAGAGUAGUUAUUAAUAACAACUCUUAAGGAAAACUCUAAUGUUUGAAAAUGUAGAUAAAUCUGGAUGUAUUUCACUAUUGGAAGUCAAGAACUUUUACAAAAAUGAAAUGGAAAUCAAUAUGAGAGUGAGUCGUAAAGUUGCCGAUAGAAAGAUUCAAAAACAUGUAAUAUUUAGAGAAAGAUAUGAAAAGGACUAUGAAAAUGAUUGUAAAUUUUUCAAAUCCAUCAUGGACAGUAACAUUUCUCAUUUUAUGCAACAGGAUACAGAUAAUAAUUCACGAGUUACAUGGGAUGAAUUUUUGAAACAUCAAGCAAAGGUUAAAAUUUCACAACGAAGAUAAUCAAUAUGUAUAUUAAUGUUAGAUGGUUACAUCAUCAACACUUCAACACUAAGCAAACACUAAAACAUCAUCUUUCCAAUAAAUUUGAUUCAUUCCUUUGUGAUUGUAUUAGCAAUAACGUUUCCUUCCACUAAGCAACACAAACCUCAAAGAACGGAUUAAGAAGCCACUCAAUAAUUCAACGCCACCAUAAACAGCCUCCUUAAUACGAGAACUAUCAAUUAAUGAAUAAUUUCCAGAACAAUUUUUCGCUUUGUAGACUUGUAUGUUCCCCAUUUUCUCCAAAUAUGAACCUUCCAUGAAUAAAGAAGGCAUUUCUU